GAAACUAUAUACACUUCACGCCAACGGACACAGGGGACAACUCUGAGCUUAAUAUGUUUAAAGUUAGCUUUCUAACUCUGACACUGUUCACUAGCUUACAAAACUAACAAAUAUGAAAGGUUUUCAGUAUAUAUAUAUACUUUCUACAACACGUCACGUUACCGAAAUAACUAGAAUACGCCGAGGAAAUGUUACACAGUACGUUCAUCACGCAACCAGUCGCGUUUAACGGGGGAGCGUCAGAGGAACAGCGACUGUCAAAACGUCAGGCAACAAGAAGUAGCAUCAAGCUAGCGGCAACCGGAAAUAAGUUGCCAGCCUCUAGUGGAUUCUCGAUGAAUUGCAGUUUAGAACACUUCAGCAUGGGCUUCAUAGUUUGAGACUGCAGGUUGCUGCUUGGAUAAAAUAUUUCUGCCUCACACUGUGCUACAGAGAAGAGCAGGAUGUAGCGGUACAUGUAUCAGGCUCGCUUUACAUCAAUCUAACCCUCUGAAUUGUUGCUCUAAUGUCGAUGAGAGUGGGUAGCAGUCUGCUGUGAGGGAUGGCUGUUGUAAGGAUCGUGAACGGAGACUUCUAACGCUUAAAACAUGUCCACCAUCCUCGAUGCGGCGUCCAAAGUGAGAUGGGACCGCACGGCCAAGCGAGCUGUGUUUGUUGCUGCUGCUGCUUACGGAGUGAAAACCCUGUUCCCCAUCAUCUGUAACCAGCUGAGCAGGAACACAGCGCCCAGGAACAAUGGUCGGGUCUCCAAGGAGGAGAAUGGUUGUUUGAUAUCACAGAAUGAUGUUAGGAAUCACAAGAAGGCAUCCCCAGGAGUAAAUGCGGAAUUCUUCAAGCAGAUCCUAGAACUUGUUAAAAUCCUGUUCCCCCAGCUGCUCUCCAGAGAGCUCGGGUUGCUCUCCCUGCACUCGGUGGCUCUGAUAUCUCGGACGUUUCUGUCUAUCUAUGUGGCCAGCCUCGACGGUAAGAUUGUGAAAACCAUCGUGGAGAAGGAACCAAAGCGUUUCAUCCUCCAGCUCAUCAAAUGGCUCCUCAUCGCCAUCCCGGCCACCUUUGUCAACAGCGCCAUCCGGUACCUGGAGUGCAAACUGGCUCUGGCCUUCCGCACCCGGCUGGUGAACCAUGCGUACCGGACCUACUUCACCGACCAGACCUACUACAAAGUCAGCAACAUGGACGGGAGGCUGGCCAACCCGGACCAGUCUCUCACUGAGGAUGUCAUGAUGUUCUCUCAGUCGGUGGCCCACCUCUAUUCUAACCUCACCAAGCCGAUCCUGGACGUGGUGCUGACCUCCUACACGUUGAUACAGACCGCCAGGUCCAGGGGGGCCAACGCCAGCGGGCCGACCCUGCUGGCCGGGCUUGUGGUGUUCGCCACAGCGAAGGUCCUGCGCGCCUGCUCGCCUAAAUUUGGCAAGCUGGUGGCCGAGGAGGCGCACAGGAAGGGGUACCUGCGCUAUGUGCACUCCAGGAUCAUUGCUAAUGCUGAGGAAAUAGCUUUCUACAGGGGACACAAGGUUGAGAUGCGUCAACUGCAGAAAUGUUACCGGGCUCUUGCAGACCAGAUGAACCUGAUCCUGUCCAAGCGUCUCUGGUACAUCAUGAUUGAGCAGUUCCUCAUGAAGUACGUGUGGAGCGGUAGUGGGCUUGUCAUGGUUGCAGUGCCGAUCAUUACAGCCACAGGCUUUGCUGACAAUGAAACAGCAGACGGGCACACACAGGUGAUGGUGAGCGAGAGGACGGAGGCUUUCACCACAGCCCGGAACCUGUUGGCCUCUGGAGCUGAUGCCAUCGAGAGAAUCAUGUCAUCCUACAAAGAGGUCACAGAGCUGGCAGGCUACACCGCACGGGUCCACAACAUGUUUGUGGUUUUCGAGGACGUCCAGAGGGGCGUUUACAAGCGAUCCUCUCUGUCAGCCACGACAGGAGCAGAAAAGAAGAGCAAGCCUGAGAUGCACAUAGAUGGACCACUGGAGAUAAAGGGUGAUGUGAUAGAUGUGGACAAUGGCAUCGUGUGUGAGAAUGUUCCCAUUAUCACACCAAAUGGGGACGUCGUUGUAUCUUGCUUGAAUUUUAAGGUUGAAGAGAGCAUGCAUCUAUUGAUCACGGGGCCUAAUGGCUGUGGAAAAAGCUCUCUGUUCCGGAUCCUCAGCGGCUUGUGGCCCGUCUAUGGCGGAAGGCUACACAAACCCUCACCCCAACACAUGUUCUACAUCCCUCAGAGGCCGUACAUGUCGAUAGGUUCACUUCGGGACCAGGUGAUUUACCCCGACUCAGUGGAGGACAUGUCCUCGAGAAACCUCAGUGACAAGGACCUUGAUGCCAUUUUGGACAUCGUGAACCUCAAACACAUUGUCACCAGAGAAGGAGGCUGGGAUGCUGAGCUGGACUGGAAGGACGUGUUGUCAGGAGGCGAGAAACAAAGGAUGGGCAUGGCCCGUAUGUUCUACCACAGGCCUAAAUAUGCGCUGCUGGAUGAAUGCACGAGCGCUGUGAGCAUUGACGUGGAGGGAAAGAUUUUCCAGGCUGCUAAGGAUGCCGGCAUCUCUCUGCUCUCCAUCACACACAGACCCUCACUGUGGAAGUACCACACCCACCUGCUGCAGUUCGACGGAGAGGGAGGCUGGCGCUUCGAGCAGCUGGACACAGCGACACGUCUCUCCCUCACUGAGGAGAAACAACGGCUGGAGGCUCAGCUGGCCGGCAUUCCAGAGAUGCAGCAUCGCCUCAAUGAGCUCUGCAAAAUCCUGGGAGACGACUCUGUUCUCAAAACAGCCGAGUAGUGGAGUGUGUGUGUGUGUGUGUGUGUGUGUGUGUGUGUGUGUGUGUGUGUGUUUUUGUGUGUGAGGCCCAGGGAAGAAAAGAGGAGAAGCACAGGAAGGAGAUGAAGAGGCAAUGAAAGAAAAAAAGGAAAUCUCUAGGGGGAUUUAGUUCAUGUUUUUUUUUUCAGGCUUAGAUUUUCUCCUGCUUGUUUAGAUGUUUUUCUUUUGCUCCGAGCCUCUUCCAUCAAACCAGCAGAGCUCUCAGUGCCAGCUCUCCUUCUUCCUCUCUUCUUUGAAUCUCUUCUUUGCACUACUCAAACUUGUGAAGUCGGGGGGUGUAGCAAAAAAGAGUUAAGUAUUAUUCCCUUCUUGUUAUUCUCAUCGAGUGCUCACUCGGCUGUAGUUCGGUUUAGCAUACUUCAGUUUUAACAUAAAUUUGCACAAGUUGCAAAUUAAACAGGAAGUGGAUUUGUUUUGUAGCACUUUACUUUUCCUUUUUUUUUAGAGGGCUGGUUCUGUUUAUUGUGGUAGCUCACAGAGGAAUGACUGCAUUCUGGCUGGAAGACUUGAUGUAUAAAACCACUAAAUAAUAUCCAAAGCAGUAUUUUUGAGCCCGGUAAAGUAGAAAUUUGCAGGAUGAACCUUUUUUUCUCAUAAUUAACCUCUUGAUUUCAAUCAUCCCUGAACUUUUUACCUUCAAGAGACUAGUUUUUCCAAAUGUCACAAUAUGCCUUUGAUUGAUUUGUGUAUCUAGCCACAGUACAAUCCUUCUAUCUUAUACCUCAUCUCAGCCCCUGUUGAGUUUGUGCUCACAUUUGAACCACUAAGACUCAGUUGCAGCUUCACACAUGGCUAGCAAAGAAAAAGAGCAAAUCUGGAACAUUGAAACAAUUAGUGACGCGGAUCUGACUCCAAUACUAUUGGUUUCGGGUUUGUUGGGCAAAUACAAUGAGCUGUAGAGCCCCCACUCCUCCUCUGCUCUGUCUGUGACCACAUGCUCAUAUACUAUAGGUAUCCAUCGACUCACACACCUGAGGGAGCUGUCCCCUGUAUUGACGCCAAAUACACUGGUAUAUGUGUGUGUGGGCUCUCCUUUGUCUUCAGAGCCCAUUGAGAUACAUAUUAGCACAUUCAAUGAUUGUACUGGACAAACCUUGUGACAUAUGCUAACUUAGACUGCUGCCCUGCCCACAUUUCUGGCCUUAAAGUCAUGAAAUGUACAUGAAUGCUGUAUCAAAGUCUUAGGCUACUUUUGAUGUGAUCUGUUGACUGAUAGCAGUCACAGGUUAAGCACACUGACAGACGAUUGAGACAGUGCUUUCGCUAGCAUUGUAAAGAAAUCUACCGUCCAAAACAGGAUUCCAACAACAGUUAAGUUAGGAUGGGACAGGAUUUUCGAAUGCACGAAUACUCGUUCACUUUUCCAAAAUUAAAGAGUUAAAGGUGCAGUGCGUAGAAAUGGGAAUAGUAGCGACAUCUAGCGGUAAGAUUCCUCCGGUCCUAACCCUUCACGUCAUCAAAGCGUCGGUGACCGUGGAGGACCAGAAGCUCUCCUGAAAGUAGCGAUUAGUUGUCUGACAAUGUGACGUGUUACCGUCAGACAAAAGACUCAAAGACGUUAUUAAACAAACUGAAACAACAUUAAUUUCCAAUACUAAUACAUUUUCAAACAAAUACAUAUGUCCUUUCUGAGCUGCUGUAGAAACUUGGAGGUUCAAGAUGGCAGCCUCCAUAAGGAGACCUGCUCCUUAUGUAAACAUACAUACUUAUUCUAAGUAAAAAUAAAAGAAUAGUUUUAUAGAGAUGAUUAUACACUCAUUUUAACAUGCUUAGAAAUAUUACAUCCCAUUUCCACCAAAUCUGUUCUGCUAAAUGCUGCCAACUUCUACACACUGCACCUUUAAUGCGAAUGUUAUCUCAUUUUAAAAGUACAGUUUGUCUUCGUUUUCAUUGGUGUCUGGUCAUAAUACAGUAUUCCCGCCAGACAGUGGCUGAAGAGCAUCUUGAAGCUGUUCGCUAACCACAUUAAGUAACUAACAGGAGAAGAAGAAUGCUAACUUUACUAAAUAUCACAAGAAGAAGAAAAACAUUUGCAAGAGUCUCUGGAAAUACGUGUGUAGUGCUGUGAGAUUCAGAAACAGAUAAUAUUGCUGAGACUGAGCAUGGCCGUAAAAUGUAAACACACACACCACUCUGCUGCGUCACAGAAACACCGACAUGAAGGUCGAGACAGACGCAGUCAGUGCUCGCUACUAGCAGCACCUCGUCCCGGUGCUGGUUAACGAGACUGACACCCAAACGGACCGUUAACGGGACAGGUGUGUCGUGGAGUGUUUACCAUUACUGUCUACACCUGCAGCACAACAAGUGUUGUGUCAGUCACUGUUGUCUGAACUUGACAUUUCAAACCUGCCCUCAGAGAGCUCGGUAACAAAUAAUCACUGAAUAAAUACCAGUGAUUAUUGAAUUGUAUUUUGGCUUGAAAGGCCCAUCCCACAGCAACAGCAACGUUUUCUCUUUUUAUUUUUUAGCAUUUUCAAGGCAUGAUUACCAAUGUCAAAGUGCUUCAUCCUCCUCCUCCUCAUCACCUCCAACCUAAUCUUCUUAAGCUCUUACUUCAUCACCUUCAAAUUACCCUUUGACUGAAUUUUCACUGAUAAUACGUCUGAUUCUAAACUUAUUGGACAUAAGAUACACUUUGCUUAAGACCUCAUAUUGUUGAAGCUUAUUUUUUACAUGCACUAAGCUAUUCCUAAUAAUGCUCCCCAUCGUGUUAAGUUAUUGUAAAUCAGGCCUGAUUGUGGAUAACAUCAUUUUUAUUUACAUAAUAAGACUCAUUUUUAACUCAAGAUCACUUCAACUUGUUAUUUUUGCGUGUUUAUUUAUCUUGCAUAAAUUUUACUAUCUAUAUAAAAUAACGUCAGAUUUUUCUCUUCUCUUAUCUAAAGUUAUGAUACUGUGAAAUUAGAUUUGUUCAAUUGAUAUUAGUUUGUUCUCAUGAAAUGGUCACAAAUGCUGUGUUCUCAUGUGGUGGUUGGAGGCUUUGCUUCUAGCUGUGUUUUCAUUUCUGGCUUUAGACCUGUGUGAAUGCAGAGACAGAGGCAAAGGUAUAUUAAGCAUUUGUUAACUUAUCAGGGGAGUAUCGUUGGAGUUAUGGAUGUCAUUUUUUAAUUUUGCCUAUCAUAUUACGAAUGCCGGGGGAGCUAUAUAUUCAAUUCAUACUUUCAACUAGGCCUCAAGCCUACCAAGCAAUACAAUCAAUCUAUUCUAUCACUAUGUUUGAAAAGAAAAAAAACAGAAUUGUAUUUUUUCUGCUAUUACAAAAAAAGUUUUGAAUCAAUGAAUACGGUCAAAUCUAAUAAUAAUGCAAUCCAAAGGUGGCAAAGGCUCCAAAAAACAGGAAACACUGGACUUGUCUUUGUUAUCCUAACACUUCACCAGCCAAUCAGGACUCCAUCUACAGUAUGUACCUCUGAUUUUUUUUAAAAAUUAGGGCCCAAGCACCGAAAAGCAGUGGCGGCAAGGUCCUAUUGGAACCCUACAGAUUUGUAUUCUUUUUUUCUUCUAGUCUGCAAUGAAUCGCAUAUUUGGAGCCUUAACAACCCAGAACUCACCAAACAUAGUCAUCAGGCCUGGCCAAAAAUGUGACUUUUUUAUAUAAAGUAUUCGAUCUGUUUGAAGUUUCAUUAUACAUGAUCAAGAUCCACCCCUCAACACACCUAUGGACCACUUCUCUACUACAGUCAUAGCGCCAACAACAGGCAAUACAUGGUACUGACCUUAGCAUACAAUCUCCAAUCUGUUCCAAAUUUUGCACAUUUUCAUCAUGGAUAGAUAACUUCAUUAAAGUCACAGCCCUACCUACUGCUGAAAGGCAGUACUGAAAUGUUCUACGUGCUUAAAGAUAUAAAUGUAUGCCCACAGUUUGGGCCAAGCUGUUGAUUGUACCUAGGGUUGCAAAGGGGUGGAAAAUUUCCGGUAAAUUUCCAUGGGAAGUUAAGAUGGGGGAUUUUGGAAAUGUUCCAAAUUGGAAACUUUCCAUGGGAAAUAUGGGAAUUUAUGGGAAUGAACUGUGAAUUGAGGAUAAUUUUAUGGAAAUGUAUCAUAUCCAAGCAUCAAUAUUUGUUUUGUUAUAAGCAGACAUCCAUCUAUAAUAAUACAAUUAAAACAGAUUUAUUUGUAAGUAGAACUUUAUCAAGUGUUAAAUAUUUUAUUGAAGAAUCACUUCUUUCAUUGAAGAACAAAAACAUGAAUGUUGAGUUAAAUAUUACUCAUCCCCUCGACCCAACCCAUUCAAAAAUUAACAACAAUGCAGAAACCUUGAGCAGAAACCAGACAACAUGGUUUGUCAACUUUAGUGACUUAAAGUCUCCAAGGAUCCACGAUCUCGGGUCCUGUGGAAUGGUCUCUCUGAUUGACUGGUGAAGUGUAAUGUCAAGUCAUCCCACUGAUAGAAUGCUGAUAUUUUGUUGUUAUGCAUCUCUUUGCAUAACACAUCACCACAUUUGUUGCAAAGACAGGACAAUCAGUCAGCAAAACGCAAACACAUCACUUUGUAUUGGACCAAAAUAUCGCUUUGUCGUCUGCAAAACAAGUAAAUGAGUACCGAUUUUAUUAUUAAUAUGCCUGCAUGCUCUGAUUUGUUUUAUACAACUGACAAGUCUUCUUGCAACAUCCUUCCUCCAUUGAUACUCUGAACAUUUGUCACCUCCCCCUUUGGCUCCAAGUGCACAAUUUAAGAGAAGGCUUUUAGACCAUUUGUAAGCAGCUCUGCUUGGCUCAGGUCGAUGGCUGUUGGGUUACAAAGGGUCAAGCUUCGGUUUCUUUGUCUCUUGAAAAUGUGAACAAAAGCAAGAAAGGAGAACAAAAGUAAAUAAUUGUCAAUGCUGGUGCAGAAAUGAAAUAAUGUUUAGUUUGGGUAGGCAUUACUGCAGGGCUGGAGAAGGCACAGCAAGCCUUUUUAAUGGUAUUCUGUGCUGGUGUCUCUCUGCUGUCAGUCAGACUCUGUUGACAGGAAGCCAGACAAGCUGCUGAAUGACACAGAGCUUGCCAAGACACUGGAACAUGAGGUUAGCUUGAGUGCAGACUGUGCCUGAAAGCCAUUAGCAUGACCAUAGCAUCAUAGAAAAUAAGGAAAAGCUUUAACUUCAUUUAAAAAGAUGGGAUGAUAAAUGAUGAUGUGUCUUUGUAGAAUGCUACCUUCUUUGAUAACGAUCUUUUUACCCCUUCAGUAACUAUUCAAACCAGUAGUUCCACUCUGCUGUAUGGCUCCUCUUGAACAUUUUACACUCUAUUGACUCACAAAAAAUGAGUUAUUCUUUGAGUUAAUUGGUUAGUUUUUAUCCUUUAGAUUUCUCAGUCAUCUAAAAAAAAAUACCACCAAUGUUUUUUUAAUCCAAGAUUAUAUCCAAGUGAUUUUGUUUUUUAAUACAACCUCCUCAAACUUUCUUUUAGGCCGUACUCUGUGUUAAAUUAUUAACAAAGACCCAACAUCAAGACAGGAUAAGAUCCAGUCCCCUCUUGCUGACAGGACUCAGUCUGAUCUCAUCUUAAUCCACCAUGAGCAUUGCACCUUGUAGCAUUUAGCAAGUUACAGUGGCAAGGACAAACUUCCUUUAACAGGCAGAAACCUCCAGCAGGACCAGACUCAUGUUAGACACACAUCUGCUUUGACCGAGUUGGGGUUGGAAAAUGAUCAUUAAUGGUAUUGUUAGGCAGAAACCUCAAGAUAGGAUCCCUGUGUGUCAGUCUAAGCCUAUAGCAGCAUAACCAAGAGCUAGUCCAAGCCUGAUCCAGCUCUAACUAUAAGCUUUAUCAAAAAGGGAAGUUUGAAGCCUACUCUUAAAAGUAGAGAGGGUGUCUGACUGGUAGAUGAUUCCAAAGGAGAGGGGCCUGAUAACUAAAGGCUCUACCUCCCAUACUACUUUUAGAGACUUUUGGUACGAGGAGCAGGCCUGCAUGUUGGGAGCAUAGUGUUCUAGAGGGGUAAUAUGAGCUCAGUUAAGAGCUUUGAAGGAUUUUUAAAGAAUACCACCAUUUUUUUGUUUAUCCAAGAUUAUAUCCAAGUUGGUUUUUUUCUGAAUACGACCUCCCCCAGCUUUCUGUUAGACCCACAAUGGCCCCAAUGCAGUCAACAGUAUUGCUUUUAGUAUGUUGGUGUUAAUUUGUUUCCACUGCCAUCAAGUGGCUGAAAACAGCUAUUGCAGCUUUAAUAUCCCUAAACUUUAGCAUGACUUUCAAAUACACUGCUAUGCUGUCCCUUUGUGCAAAUGCAAAUUGUCUUUCAGGACUGAAAUUAUACCUAUACCAGGGGGGAAAUAAUCUCUAAUCUCUUCAGUCGAUGUGUGAAAAAGGCAUCUCAUCAUUUCUUAUCCCUUUAGGAAACCAUUUGAGGUACUUCUUAUUCAUAAAAUCAGGCCUUUCUCCAUCUGCUAGGCUGAAUGACUAUUUAAUACUGUAAUGACAUCCUUACUAACAACACUUUUGAAAGGAAAUCUUUGCAUUCUAUCUUCCUUUGUUUGUAAGAGAUUGAAUGUAUCCAUUAUGUACGAUAAAGCAUCUCUUAAGGUGUCAAGGACAAUGUAUAGUCAGGUCAUAAAGGUUCCUAUUGUUUGAUAUCUGAUCAUUUUAUUAUUGUGUUGAUAGUGCAUGUAUCAUUAAUUUAUUAGAGCCACAUGUUGGUGUUUGAACUGGGAUUUGCUGUACACGUGGGUUGUGAACUGGGAUAAUGGGAAAUGGUGAUGUUUGACAUUCUCAGCUUGAUUUUACGUGUUAUUCAAGAGGUUUAUGACAGUCAAAUCAUUGUUAAAGACAGCCAUAAUUGGAGAGAUGGGUGGUUUUAACCUAUCAAGAAAGAGAGUUGAGUUUUGAGGUAUUAAGUAGACUGUCCUGGACCUCUGAUACUUAAUGCUGUUAACCUCCCUCAAAGCUGGGGAUAACUAUACUUUGUACCUGUUGCAUAACUUCUUUAAAGAGAGCUCUUUUACCAAUCAAAUCUCCUCCACAUGUUACUGUUUUAUAUUUUGAAUUCCUUGAGCGGUAGUCCAGACUUACUAUUUUUUGGGAUCUCAUUGUGCAUGUGUAGGAAUAUACUUUAACUUUAGAAUGAAGAGAAGUACAUCGGAUUAAAGGUCGACUGUUCAAAAAUCAUGUUCUAUGGUCACUUUGUGCUGGAAGAUGAAGAUGUAUUUUCUUGUAAAUAAAAAAAAAAUACAGUGCAACCUCAA